AUGGACAUACCUCCGAUCGAAAACCAGAAAACGAUGCAGGGCGUGGAGGAUAUCAAUUAUUGGCGAGAAAAGGCCGAAGAGUACAAACGAAAUUGGGAGACAGAACGGGAAGAUUUUAGGGAUUUUCAAAUAAGUUCAAAGGAACUCGAAGGUGAACUAGAAACGCAACUUGAAGUAGCUGAAAAGAAAAAUGAUGAGCUAAGAGCAGCUCUUGAACGUUUGUCGAUAGAACUGGAGAAUACUACGAGUCGCUAUGAGUCGACCACAGCCUCACAGAACCGACAGUUGACAUCUCUGCAGGAGGAGCUGAACAACUUGAAGUCUGAAAAAGCGCAACAACAAGUUUAUAUAAGGAAACUUGAACAGACUAACGACGAUCUCGAGCGUUCGAAACGCACGGCCCUCGCUUCAGUAGAAGACUUUGAAAACAGUGUAAAUAAACUUAUUGAACGGAAUGCUUUGUUGGAAGGUGAACUUGAUGAAAAACAGGAACUCCUCGAAUCUGUUCAACGUUUAAAGGAUGAAGUUCGAGAUUUAAACCAGGAACUCGUUGUUCGGCGAUUACCAACCACCAACGAAGCUACCUCCGUUGAGCCGGUUAUGGAUGACCCAGAGAAGGUUUCCAAGAGCACAAUUGAAGCAAGUACACAAACCGCCAACAUCAAAGAAGUCUCCGCGCGAAGUUCUCUCCCCAGUAGUUUGCCUCUCAAUCCCUCCACGCGAAUCGGUGCCCUCAAUUUGGUUGGCGAACUUUUGCAAAAAGUGGGGCAACUGGAGGCCAAUUUCGCCAACGUCUGUCGCUGUUACGACGUAUCACCGGCCAAAGUUGCCAAACUCAACGACGUGAUCGUCGCCUCUUCUACGGCCAAUGGAGUGUGA